AUGUGUUGCAACAAUAGAAAAAAGAGAAAUAAAAGAGAGAGCUCAGAUGCAGAGCAUUCGUACAUUAUAUUAUUAUAGGGAGCUCCUGGCCAGCCAAAUGGCCUUUUACGUCCCUUGCUCUGCAUCACCUUCUUUCUACCUGUCUGAUUAUACAGUUUAAGGCUUGUGCUGCUCCCUCCAAAAUGGCUUGCACUUGCUACCCGGAGGUGAAAAACGUCUGGUCACCGUGCAGUACAUCGACAGGGUUACUUUUCAAAAAUUCUAAAAGAGAAUUUUCUGGCCAGAAUAUCACCGAGAUGAAACUUGCAGCCUAGGGCGCUACCCCCAAAAUUCCCAUUGGUCAUACGAACGCUCUCUGACCUGGGCUAUCCCUUUCCAACUUUCAAGUCCUAUCUCCCUCGUUGUAAAACUUGCCCUGGAUAUGAGCCUUGGUCGGCACGCCCGACAUCACGCUCUACCAAACCGAGUAAAACCCGACCGGACACACUAACCGAACGCUGCUCUCCCUUCCAUAAAGUCCCCAGACUCGCUGACUAAAAGUGUUAAGAGGGUAGGUUAUUUCUCCACGCCAUUUUUAUGUGUGUCCUCAGAUGCAGCUCAAAAAUCGAAAAUAAGGUCAUAUUUCUAGGUGACUCAUUUCCCCAAUCAAUUAAAAUCCCUUUUUUUCUUAUAUUUUCUUAUAAAAUUUUUCUAUUAUUUUCUAACAUUAUUUUUAACAAAUUAUAGGCUUUUCUAUUAUUAAUUAGAGAAGGAGUCAGGAGUUGGAAAAUCAUCAAUUCUCCAGCGGCACAUCUACAACCUUUUUGACGAAGCUCAUGAAAUCACACUUGGAGUCCAAUUUCAUCAAUCCAUCGUCAACACAAAUGCAGCACAGUUUAAGACGAAUAUUCCUCUAGAUAUCAAUAAAACUAUCGCUCUAGACCUAUGGGACACAGCGGGUCAAGAACGAUUUAAAUCAUUGAUGCCUUUAUAUUACAGAGAUACUUCAGUCAGUGUUAUUGUCUAUGAUGUCGCCAAUUUAAAGACAUUUGAAAAAUGCUCAUAUUGGGUUAUAGCCCGAGCCUUGCUAUAGCUUGGGUUUUACUGACAACUUCUGACAUCAGUCAGGGUGUUGACAAACAACAUUUGUUGGCAAAGCCAACACCAUGGGUGUAAAAUCGCCUGAUAAUAGAGAUUUGCCCUCAGGAAAUUAGUUUGUCCAUUCCCCAAGUGGUUCCAGAAGUCGCCAGCACAGCAUGAGCUAUAUUAAGACUAGGGCUAUAAUGACCUAAUUUCAAAAGAGCCUAAUUGCAUUCUAUUUCUGGUAGGAAAUAAAGCUGACAGCAGCAAUAAACAAGUUUCUGAGGCAAUGGCCAAAAAAUUCAGCAAAACACAUAAUAUGGAAUGGCUUGAGACUUCAGCGAAAUCUUCGUUAAAUAUAGAUCUGCUUUUCAGAAAAAUCGCUGAGGCCAUAAUGACUAACUCCCCUAUAAUAAACAAAUUCUUGCCUAUUGGCAAGGGUUUUAGCAAAUAAAUUUUAAAAAUAGUAAAUUUUACAUAAAUAAUUUGAAAUUUGCUUAUUAUUGAAGGUUAAAUGCCCAAAUUUUUUUCCUUUUUAACAUUUUAUCUGAAAAUCAAGUAAUUUUAGAUCUCUUCUUCAUAUAAAUUUGUGCUAAAACUCAUAUUAUAAGCAAGUUUUUGCUUAUUACUAAAAGGAUCAAGCGAAAUACAGCUUCUAGUGAGCUGAGUUCAUGUUACUAA